AUGUCAUAUUCCAAAUUCCCCAAUGAUGUAGCAAAAUUGUUUAAGCCUGGGCCACCAUUACAAUUUCAAAAUAAUACUUCAUAUUACAAGAGUAAUAAAGUAUUCCAUGAUUUAAAAUUAUCACCAUUAGCAGAUGUUUUAAAAAUGACUAAAACCCAGGGGGAGCGUAUGAGUGACAGUUCUAUAUUAGAUGAUUAUUUACAAGAAUUUCCUCAAGGUAGCGAUAAUAAUCAUUUGAAAAAAAUUGAUGAAUUGAAAACCAAGACUAUCAAUCAUUUUAAUAAACUAGAAUCAUAUUUAUCAGAAUGGAAUCCUGAUGAGGAUCCUAAUAUCAAGGGCACAGAUCCAUAUAAGACGAUAUUUGUGGGGAGACUACCGUAUGAUAUCACUGAGAUUGAAUUACAGAAGAUAUUUUCCAAAUUUGGUAAGAUUGAUAAGAUUCGAAUAGUUAAGGAUAACCAUCAUCGUGAUGAAAAUACGGCAAAGAUUCCAAUGAAUAAAUCCAAAGGAUACGCGUUUAUUGUGUUUAAUGAUGCAUCUUCUAGUAAAAUGGCUACUAGAGAAAUUGGAGUGCAUCGCGGGUUAUUAAUUAAUAAUAGAAUAUGUAUUGUAGAUAUUGAACGAUCUAGAACAUUCAAAUAUUUCAAACCAAGACGAUUAGGUGGUGGGCUGGGUGGUAGAGGGUAUAGUCAGAAUAAUAAUUCGGAUACUAAUGUUAGUAGUGGCGCUACUUCUAGCGCCAGUAGUAGUGGGAAAAGUACAAAUUCAUACCCUAUAUCAAAUACUCAUAUGACUUCUAAACGGUAUCGAAGCUCGAGUAGUAGUAAUACUCUGGCCAAUGGUCCGCCCAUGAGAUCCCGGUAUUCUAAUCAACCUAUGAAUAUGAGACCCAAGAUGAAUCCAGGAUUUAAUAAUGCGAUUCCCAACCGAUACAAUCAUCAAAGUUCUAUUUCCAGUUCUAGUAGCAUAACUAGAUACCAGCAUCAUCAUACUAACAAUAAUAAUGAGAAUGUAGCUUCAAGUGAUGGUUCUUCAAUGAAACCUCAAUCUUCAACUUCAACUUCCUAUAGAUCUAGAACAGCCCGUACUCAAAAGAAGGAAAUGCCAGAUUAUUAG